UUGAUAGCCAAACUUAAUGGUAACUCUGCCCAAAUAACUGUUUAUCGACCCAGCUUUAAUAUUUUUUUUAUAAAGAUGCUAAAACGCGAUCUGCAGAGAAUCAAGCUAAAGUUGUCUGACCUCAAGGACUAUGAGGUGGCCCGGGCAAAGAACAAACACAAGGGGACACCGCGCCCUAGGCUGUCCCAGGAUGCCCUACUUGGAGAUGAUGCCUCCACGUCGGGAACAACAGCCAGUUGCAGUUCCAAUACGGGCACGACAACGGACACGGCAACGGAAACUGGAACGGAAACUGCAUCUGGAUCGGGUUCAGGUUCAGGAUCAGGAUCGGGCUCUGGGUCGUACAUUACGGGCCUAGGAUUGGGUUACCGAUCGGAGACACCCUCCUCUGCAUCGUACACCAAUACCACUUCGACGACCCCGACUCCGGCCACCCAGGAGGAGAUAUUGCGACCCUCGUCCGCUGUCACGGCCACCACAACCACGGGCACCACUAAUUCGGGAUCCACGGAUGACGUGAGCGUUGCUGCCGUAGUGGAUGACACGGAGGAUACCAUUGACGAAAUCAGCGACGACAACUGGGUGGAUCUGAACGCGGAUACCAAUGACACAACCAUUGAUACCAUUGACACUCAGGCGGGGGAGGAGGAGGAGGAUGGGGCCAGGGGAGGCAUCUAGUAUCUAGGCAUUUAGGUUCCCGCCCACUUAUCGCAUUAUGCAAACGCAACGCAGCUGCAAGUGAAGCCCCCUAAAAUGAUGCACACUCACAUUACAUUUAUCAUCACAUUUUGUACACGUAACUUUAGCUUUUUAUUAAAACUGCAUUAGGAAAUGUAUAUGGGAUCUAACAAUGUUUAUAUAUGUUUUGAAACUAUAUAAUUCUUUAAGAGAUGGUUCGUUGAAUUAUAAUGACUUAAAAAAAUAUUAAAACUGUAUCAUUCUUGGAGGGAUUUUAUGUAAAUCUUAAGUACUUAGCAAAGCCACACUUGAUUCCUAUUUAUCAUCACAUUUUGAACACGUAACCUUAGCUUUUUAUUACAAAAGAAUUGAAAAGUGCGUAUAGGUCUUUUUAUUUUACAAAGUUAAUAAAUGAAUUGUAAUGAUAUAAAAAAAUAUUUUCAAACUUUAUAAUUCAAGAAGAGGAAUGUGAUGAUAAAUAAAAAAUAAUGUAAAGAUU